AUGGGAAAGGUUCAGAAGUGUGGCACAUGGGUACCGCAUGCUUUAAGUGACGACAACAAAGAUCAACGAGGCACAAUCUCCGCUGGUUUGCUUGCUCGUCACCGCUCAUGGACACAAGCAACGAUUUCUUUCAUCAAUAUGAAACAGCGCAAGGAAUGGCUUAGCCCCGGUAAACAAGCGACACCGCGCGUGAAACAAGAUCUACACCCGCGGUACUGGGAAAGAGAGGCGAGGGAUCAUCAGGGUAGACUCCCGUUCCUUUGCUUUGUAAUUUUUUCCUCUCUCUCUCUCUCUCUCUCUCUCUCUUUUUUUCUCGCCCUUCUUAAAGUCGUUCCCGCUGCCACACUCUUCUCAGUCUUUCCUCUGUUCACUUUCACCCCAUUCUCUCCCUUUCUCCACCUCUCUCUCUCUCUCUCUCUCUCUCUCUCUCUCUCUUUCUACGCUCUCCCUUCCUCUCUAUCUAUUUCUCUCUCUAUUCUUUCUCUCUUUUUGGAUUCAUUCUCUUCUUCUUUUCAUUCUCUUCCUUGUCUUCCUCUCUCCCUCUCUCACUUUGCAAGCUCAUGCUUUCUCUUCUCUCUCUUCUCUCUAUCACUCUCCCUAAUUCAGGAUCUUCUCUCUUUACUUUAUUUACCUUUGUCUCUUAUUACCCUUCCUGAAAUCUCUCUCUCUUUUUCUCUCUUUCUUCAUGGAUUCAUUCACACUCUCAGGCCUAGACACACUUUCCUUUUUUUUCUAUUCUCUCUUGUUCGACUCUCCUUUGUCUUUCAUGCGCGUCCUGGUCAUUCACUCGAAUUUCUCUUUCGUUCUUGCCAUUCUUUCUUCUUUCUACAUAUUUUUGCUUUGCAUGUUUUGCACUUGACAUUUUUGUCGUGUUUUAUACAGAAAAUAUUUUGUAUUCUCUUUUCUCUUUCACUUGCUCCGUUUAUAUCCCGGUUCACUGCUGAUCAGGACGACAAAGCCGGUGCUCCCGGUGUUGACACACACCCGCUAUUUUACUUAUUGUUUACUUUAUCAUAUUUGUAUUCUAUCUAUCUAUCUAUCUAUCUAUCUAUCUAUCUAUCUAUCUAUCUAUCUCAACAUGUUCAUUAUAUAACUCUCUGUCUCUCUGUAUUUUUUUCUUUCUAUCUAUCUCAACAUGUUCAUUAUAUAGCUAUCUGUCUCUCUUUAUUUCUUUUUCUUUCUUUCUUUCUUUCUAUCUAUCUCUCUAUCUAUCUAUCUCAACAUGUUCAUUAUAUAGCUAUCUGUCUCUGCUUUUCUUUUUCUUUCUAUCUAUCUAUCUAUCUAUCUAUCUAUCUAUCUAUCUAUCUCAACACAUGGGAGGAGAGUGAUUCUAUCUAUCUAUCUAUCUAUCUAUCUAUCUAUCUAUCUAUCUAUCUAUCUAUCUAUCUAUCUAUCUAUAUACAGCGGUAG